AUGGUGAUCAAAGCGGAUGGCACAAAAUGGGCAUGCCAGUCAUGUCUCAAAGGCCACCGUGUGAGUGGUUGCACGCAUACUGAUCGUGAACUUACUCUCGUACCGAAGAAAGGAAGACCUGUCACACAAUGCCAGCACUGCCGUAGCGAACGCAAGAAGAGGUCGGCCCACGUCAGCUGCGAGUGUGGCGAGGGUAGCGACAAAGCUCACCAUUCGAAAGAGAAGUGCAUCCAUCUUCGCGAGGCUGAGGAACGAGCCAGGUCAGGCAGCCAGGAUGAAUGUGUACACGACAAGCAUGCUCUAGCCGUCGUGGCUGAAGAACAAGGCUGCUGCUGUCCCCAUGGAGGCAAGUGUACCUGCGCUCUCACGAAGAAGUAUGUUGAUAGCGACGGCGACGUAACGCCGCCUCAUGGCCCGGCCGUCAAGCCUCGACUCGAGACGACGAAGUCCGACGGCUCGAUCACGGUGUUUCAGAACGGUCAUCACAAGCCCGUCCACCGUAAGAACCACCUGGCACACGAAUGCGGUAUGCCUUACAAAGUGUCGAUGUCUCGUGCCAAGACCGACCACGGCGUCGUAGCCAAAGCUCGUCGUUCGGUCGACAGCCUCGCCCUCGACAACAACAUGGAUGUCACCCCAUCUGCAUUCAUGCCACAGACCAGUGCGCCUUUCAACACCGAGCGUCGCAUGUCGAAGUCUGAGCAGCACUCGCCAAAGAUCUUCCCCAAGGACCCCAGCUAUCUUGGGUUUAGCAAUGCAGAUCUUGCGUCCAUUGACUUCAGCACCCUCAGGCCCGUGCAGACCAACCAGAGCAUACAGUCACUGUCCGGCGACAUGUACAAUUUCACCCCUAUUGAGCCCUUGUCUGCUGUCGCCGAUAGCGCAUUCGACCCGUGGUCGUCAGUGCCAUCGGCAGACUCUGCAGUCAUGCCUGACAAUAAUCCUUUUGGUGUCUGGCCAACCAACCCUGAUGUGAACGGGUUGGCUCAGCCGGCGUUGACCGCUGCUUCGUCUGGAACGCAGUCCGAGAUUGAUGAGAUCCCAAUCGACGAGGAGGCUUUCACCUUCGGCAUGCCAAGCAUCCACGAAGACGCUGGGACUUUCAGCUUUGACGCCGUUUCUGGCCUGCCUGGUACACCAAAUUACAACCGCCACAGUCUGCCUGCCAACUUCCUGAAGAACAUCACGCCGAGCCCAGACUGGCCUUUCGACCUCAACGCCACUAGCAGUCAGCAGUCCACAAGUAAUGCUCAAAAUGCCACAUUUGACGACGCGUGGGAAGGGUCUAAUUUGCCUUCCAUCACAGAUGCGCCAAAGCGAAAUGUGCAUGGCCUGCCCAAUGUUGGCCGGCCAUCGUCACGUUCGAUCGGUCCAGGUCACGCUCCUGCAGACGACAUUAUCAAGUCGCUUUUCCCAGACAUGGACUUUGACGGCAGCUACUUCAACGCAACCAGCUUAGCACAAGACUUUGGCUUGAACGACGAGCAGGUGAAUGACACCGUCGACAAUUCGCAAAUGAACUUCGGCCCUAUGAACGAGGACAUGGAGUUGACAUCCCAUUCAUGGGCUGACGGCUCCAUGACCAUUCCCAACGACGAGUACACCUCCCCGUACGAUCUGAACCAAGAUUUCUCGAAUCCUGGCUUCAAUGGCAAUUGGUCCCAAUAA